AUGGUUAAACGUACUAGAAAAACUAAUGAAAAAAUCUCUAAUAAAAAAGCAAAAACUGAUAACAAAACUCUCACACAACAGAGUAAUACUCUCGAAAGAUUUUUUACCAUCAGUAAAGUUUCUAAUAAAGAAAAAGCAAAAAGUAUAUGGGAUAAUCUAAACGAUGAUAGAAAGUUUCUCCUUAGAGAUGAAUUUGCACAGAUGCAUGAAGAUUGGUUAUAUCUAUUAAAAGAUGAAUUGGUUAGUGAAUAUUAUCUAAACAUCAAAAGACAAAUCGCCUCUAUCGAAGGUAGAGGUAUCGAUGUACUCCCACAAAGAAAUCUCAGAUUCCGGUGUUUUAAGAUGUCUCCGUUCGAUAUCUCCGUGAUAAUUGUUGGUCAGGAUCCAUAUCCAAAUGAUGCAGAUGGUUUGGCAUUCAGUUCUGAGACUAUCAAGCCAUCACUUAAAAAGAUAUUUAAUCUAUUAGAAUGGGAUAUAGAAGACGUGAAAUGGUCUAGACCUAAAAUAGGAUCCUUGGAAAGUGUCAAAAAAUGUAUUACUUUUAAACUUGAUCUUGACAGUAGAAAGGAGAAAAUCUG